CCAACAGGAGCGCUGCUCUCGAGCGCUUUAAACAAACGUGCUCAGGCUCGCGCGCUGACAACGUGCUGCAUAGUGUCGGACCGUAAAUAUGGAGCGGGGACUAAAGCUGUGUUGAAGCCCCCGAUUGCAAGCAAAAAACACGGGAUCUGCUAACGGACUCAUCGGGACACUUUAAUGUAAAUAUAGUUGCGUGGAAAUGGAGGGGAUCGGGCUCACGAUGCAGAAGAAAGCCGCGGAGCUGGAGCGCACGGCCGAGGUGCUGGUCACCGGGGAGCAGCUCAGGCUCAGGCUUCAUGAGGGGAAAGUCAUCAAAGACAGAAGACAUCACCUAAGGACCUACCCCAACUGUUUUGUGGCCAAAGAACUGAUCGAUUGGUUGAUUGCACACAAGGAGGCCUCUGACCGUGAGACCGCCAUCAAGAUCAUGCAGAAGCUUCUGGAUCAGAGCAUCAUCCACCAUGUUUGCGACGAGCACAAGGAGUUCAAAGACACGAAACUGUUCUACCGCUUCCGGAAAGACGACGGAACCUUCCCUCUAGACAACGAAGCCAAGGUUUUCCUGCGUGGACAAAGACUGUAUGAAAAGCUGAUGAACAUGGAGAACAGCCUGUUGCAGACGCGCGAGGAGGAGGGCAGCAGGUACGAUCGCACGCUUGUGGGCUCCGACUUCGUGGACUGGCUCCUGCAGGAGGGCGAGGUGACCUCCAGGGAGGAGGCAGAGCAGCUGGGUCGCAGGCUGCUAGAACACGGGAUCCUACAGCACGUGACCAACAAGCAUCACUUUGUGGAUGGAGGACUGCUGUACCAGUUCCGGAUGAACUUCCGCCGGAGGCGCCGCCUCAUGGAGGUUUUGAGUGAUCGGUGUCGCACCAUACCGGAGAGCCAGGACAGCCCGUUCUGCCUCCGGAAGCAGAACUCUGACGGAGGGAAAACAAGCUUCCUAUCAGUCAGUCCCAGUAAGGAGAUCAAGGUGGUGUCGGCCGUCCGCCGCAGCAGUAUGAGCAGCAGCUGCGGGAGCAGCGGAUACUACAGCAGUAGCCCCACCCUCAGCAGCAGCCCCCCUGUGCUGUGCAACCCCAAAUCAGUGCUGAAGAGGCAAGUUAGCCCAGAGGAGCUGCAAACCCCCGGGGGCCCGUACAUAAAGAAGACAUUCACGAUCGUGGGCGAUGCGGUAGGCUGGGGGUUUGUGGUGAGGGGGAACAAGCCCUGCCACAUCCAGGCGGUGGAUCCCAGCGGCCCCGCGGCUGCAGCUGGAAUGAAGGUUUGCCAGUUUGUCGUCUCAGUGAACGGCCUGAAUGUCCUGUCCCUGGACUACAAGACGGUCAGCAACCUUAUCCUCACUGGGCCACGCACCAUCGUCAUGGAGGUGAUGGAGGAGAUCGACUACUGACGGAAUGAGCUCCGUGUCCUGGACCGGACCCACACCUGCCCCUUUCUGGUCCACCCUGCUUCUCAGCAGCGAUGGGGCCCACGAAGCUAUCACACCCAACAUAGCUAAUAUCUGUCUCUUGAACCAUGAGCUCCUCCACCAUAACUUUGAUGGACAUCGAGGAAAACUGUGAGAUUGCAGUGGAGAUUCGGUGUUCUCUGAACUAUACUUCUGCUGGAGACCUCUGUCCACCAGGCUGAGUCCUCCUACACCUUGCCGGGACCAUGUCCUCCAUUCUCAGGUUUAAGGACACCAGUUCGGCACAGUUGCAGAUUGUUGGGUAGAAGAAGGCACAUCCGCUUAAUCACCGGCAACUGGUCUGAGCACAGGAGAGAGAAGAAACUUUGGGAAUCGCAACCCUUUCAGGUCUGAAACGAGAGGAUACUACUGCACACCAAUAACUUGAGACAACCUUUCAGAACUGACAUCUGAAUGCAGGGAAACGAGGCAAAGACAGGAACUCCGACUGAGAAACGGCGCGAGAUGCGCGUUGUGUGGACGUCACUUUGUCCUUGCUGAGACUUUCCAGAACUGAACGCUGUGAAGUGCACUGUGCUAUGAAAGUUCGGUACAAGGGGCGGUCUGCUCGGUUGCAUCCAAACAGAAUGGAGCGUAAUCAGACCUAGUGUUUGUGGGUCACAUCCACAUACAAACUUGCAGCAAUCUGACAGGUUUGGCUUGAUGAGAAGUUCCGAAAAGCCCACGCUUGCUUUUAGAACGACUGGAGCGGCAUAUGUGUUGUGUAGGACUAGUGUAGAUAUCUUCAAGUGGAGGGAAGGCAGAGGAGAGAUGCUGUACCCAGUGAUGUCCAUCCAUUUACAAUAAGCUACUGGACGACACAUUAAAGGGAAGCGCUUGUUUUAUAUUUUCAUUUGAAACAGGAAUACACCAGGAAAUAAGCAUUUAUGUUGGUGCAUUUUACAUACAUACAUACAUACAUACAUACAUAUACACACACACAUGUUAAUAAUCUUUGACACAAAGGCAGUAUACAUGGAAAGGAAACCCAAGUGGCCACAAGUAAUCGUAGGAGUUUGAAUUCUCUAGAAGGCAUACAGACAUGCAUCGCUUUAUGAUGUUCGCACAACGUUUGAGAAAUGCAUAGGCACUUUCAUCGUUGUGCGAGCAUCGUAGAAUGUACUUAUACAAACCUAGAUAGUAUAGCCUCGAUGCAGUCGAGACGUGGUAAACGAGAGAUUUAUGACGCUGCUGCUGGCGUAACACAGCAUACUCUUUUAGAGUAAAGUUUUUCAUGAGUAGAGUACACCCUAAAAUAAGGAUGAAAAAGUACAGUAUAGUAAAAACAUGAAUCAGUAACAUACGUGUUUAUGAUCAUUAUCAAGUAUAAUGUACUGUACAUAACUGUUUGUGCUAUACAGGUGGUACUCGACCUACAAUGGGGUUACGUUCCAUGAAACCCAUCAUAAGUCGAAAAUAUCGUAAGUCAAAAAUGCAUUUAAUACGCCUAAUAGAAUACAUAACCUCUCGUGGCAGACUGGGAGAUGCAGAUCGCUGCCGCUGCCCAGCAUCGUGAGAGAGUAUCACUC